AAUUAGGUACCAAGCAGGCCAUCUCAUUAUCAAUCAACCUUGCAAUUUUUUUCAUGUGAAUCCAUCUGUUCUUCUCACGAAAGUAGUCUAAUAUACUGAUCCUUACCUAGUUUCAUCCCAUCUAAACUAACAUUUUCGUUGCUUCUUUUUGCCAACUGGAACACACGUCAUUGAAUCUACACCACUACACAACAGCAUCAUGGCCGAUCCAAAGCCCAUCAAGCUCAAUCCCCCUACCAAAUAUGCACCAUCUACCAAAAACUCACCUCCCGUGGACCCUCCAACGCUUGACUGGAUCACCACAACAUGGAGCGUCACGCACUCGACGCUGAGCAUGUGGCGCGAUGCCCGCAACGUCCGCAUCACAUACAAACUCCUCCCCGGAACCGCAGAUGGUCGACCCCGUAUCGACGACCUCGUCGAGUACGAGCCGCUCUCCAAGGACGGAACGCUCAAGACAGUCCAGGGCAUCGACACACAAGCUUCGUCUAUCGGAUGGGACUGGCGAGGUAAAGGAUGGCUUGUCUUUGUCAACACGCACUGGGAGCUACUGGGUUGGGGCGAGGCAGUCACUUCAGAGGGCGUUAAGGAGAGAUGGGCUGUUACGUGGUUUGCCCCUACGGUGUUUACGAAGGAGGGUGUUGAUAUCUACUGUGAUCGUAAGGAGGGGCUGAGUGAGGAGACGUAUGUGAGGAUUAGAGAGGCGUUGAAAGGAUUGGAGACGAAGAAGGUGGCUGAGAUGGUUGAGGCUCACAUGCAGCCUGUUGAGAUCAGGUUGCCGUGGGUAGAGGGAAGCAAUGAGUAGGCAACGUGUUUGGACGAGCUUCUUAGUUUGACUUUUUAGUAUUUGAUGUAAUAUACCCCAUCGCCUGAAA